UAUAUCAUUUAUUCUUUUAAUUCUUUAAUUUUACAUCUUCUUCUUCCUUCAAGCUCCUAAUUCAAUUAGUUAUGGCUAAAAUAUGUCCAGAAUUUAUGUUACAACAAUCUUCUCCUUCAUCAUCAUCGCCUUAUGUUAAAUCUAUAAGAGAAGCAUUUACUAUAUGGAUGAAAUCUUUAAUUUUCCAUGGAAAUGGAUGUACUGUUUUUAAUUCCAAAGGUGAAAUUGUUUUUAGAGUUGAUAAUUACCAAGAAAGUUGUAGAGAUGAAGUUUGUAUCAUGGAUCUCAAAGGCCAAGUUCUCUUCUCAAUUAAAAGAGAGAAAUUAAGAGUUUUUGGUCGUUGGAAUGGAUAUGGAUCAUUUGGUGAAAUAAAAGGGAGGCCAUUAUUUCAAGUAAAAAGGAAUUGUGACAUUUUUUCAAGAGAAAAUGUCAUUUGUAAUUUUGGGUCAUGUGAUGAAAAUAAUGUAGGAAUAAAUUGCUACAAGAUUCAACAAUUUGAUAGAAAUUCAUCAUAUAAAGUUACAAAUUCUACUGGCCAAGUUGUUGCAGAGGUAAAACAAAAGCAAUCAUCAAGAGGAUUUGGCUAUGGUGAAGAUGUGUUAACUUUAGAAGUGGAACCCAAUAUAGAUCACUCACUAAUUGUGGCUUUUGUAAUAGUAUGUGGAUUGAUUCAUGGCAAAUUAUGAAC